GAUUGCAAUCAUUUAUCACAAUUAAUUAUACUUCCAGUUCAGAUUACAAGUCACUAAGACUCAUUAACUAAAAUGAAAAUGGUAGUAAGAAAUUCAGCAAUUAUUGCAUUUAUUUUUGUAAUGGUGCAGACCAUCUGGUUCCAAAUAACAAUAUGGACAUCACUAGAGAAUGUGCCGUUACCAGUUAUGGAUAAGCGAUAUCCAGAGAUGCUAGAAGUGUCAGAUAAGGGGAACUACAAUAACUACCACAGUUCUAGAGAUAGGACCUUUAAAGCAACUGAUAAAACUACUGACAAUUCAGAUGUGGCCACUGAAAGUCCUAAUAAGAUCACUGGUAUUGCGGAUGAAACAAAUGGAAAUAUAAACAGGACUGGGGAAAGUCCAGAUGAGAUCUCUAAAAAUGCAGAUAAUACCAUUGGAAAGGGAGAUAAGAACACUGAAAAUGCAGAUAAUACCAUUGGUAAGGGAGAUAGGAACACUGAAAAUGCAGAUAAUACCAUUGGAAAGAGAGAUAAGAACACUGAAAAUGCAGAUAAUACCAUUGGAAAGGGAGAUAAGAACAAUGAAAAUGCAGAU